AUGGACCCCCGGGACCAGACAUUUAUGACAAUUCAUAACCUCACACCGGAAGCCAAUAUCCUUUUUGCCUCUGAUUCCAUAUUCGACAUAUUGGGUUACCAACCUGACGAGGUCCAAGGGCAGUCAUGCUUCGACUACUUCCACCCCCAGGAGGUGCCCUUCGCGAGGUCGGUCCACAGCAGAGGUGUCCUCCUGGACAAGGCCGCCGUCCUCCACUACGCACGCAUUCUAUCCAGAGAUGGGCUGUGGGUGAGCUGCGAGUGCUGCUUCACAGUCGUCCAUGAUGUGUUGGUGGCCUGCACCAGCAUCUACCUGCGAGGGGAGAAGAGCGAGAGGCGCGCCCUCGAAGCUCCCCAGAUCCGACGCAUAUUCUCGUGCUCUCCCCGGGAUCCCCGCUACCACAUGUUGGAGCAUCUAUCGCCCAAGUUCAAGAUGCCGCCAAUGGAGCGUGAACCCCGGGCGGCCCUGAUUUUGAAUCGGUUUACCAGGAAUUUAAGCAUAAUGUUUGCCACCAAUGCAGUGUCGACCAUCCUUGGACUGCGACCGGAAGAAAUCAAGGACAAGUCCUUCUACGAGUGCAUCCAAGAGAAUUGCCUCCAAGAUGCCAUCCAAUGCCUGGAAAGUGCUAAAGCCAACGAGUCUAUCGCAUAUCUCCGCUUUUGGUUCCGUGAUCCGCGCAUGGAUGAAAACGAUGAACAGGAGAGGGACGAGGAAGAAGAUGAGCAGCCUGUUGCCCGCAACGUCGCCGGUUUCGGAGUCGACGACGUGGAAUUAGACGACCAAAUGGACGUGGACGAGGAUGAGGCGCGGACACCCCAAGCGGCAUCCGGUCUGCCGCCACGAGAUAGCCGGAGAACCAGACAUCGCCAGCCGCCGGGGUCUUUCGAGCUGGAAGCAGUUGUGUCGUGCACCUCAGACGGGCUUGUGGUAGUGUUGCGCAAGGCCCGGCCACCCAUUCCACCCCCACAUCCCCCCCUUGUUCCAGCUUUCAGCUUCGAGAAGGGCCUCUUCGCUGCACCGUGGGGGCAAGAACCGAUCCGCCCCUAUUUCCCGCCCGAUCUCCUCUACACUUUUCGCCCACCACUCCUGCCACAGUACAUGCCCUUGCGAGAGAGUGUGAAGGCCUCGGGGGGCCCUCCCUUGGACCAAUUGAUGAGAUCGAUUAGGGAUGUGGCAGUUUUCGCAUGGGCACUGGUCGGCAUCAACGGAAAUAUGGCGACCUACGGCAGAGGCCUGCCGAGAGGCGGAUCUCAACCAGCCGAAGGUCUGCCUCGAGGGGAUCCGACUGCCGGAAGUGCAGGCUAUGCGGAGAACCCGGCACAUCCGAGAUGGUCGCAUCCCGAUGACGGGAGGGCCGGGACAUGUACCCGCCCGCAUUGCCGCCCUGAUCACCCGUUUUCUACGACGGCACCACCUCCCCUGGAACGCCACACCCAUGGCAACCCUCCGUCGUGGCCACAAUCAUCGGCAUCCACUCUCCACCGACCCCAAAAUCAGUUCAUGCAGAGCUCAACCCACCAGCACGACCAACAUCUCCACCAUCAUCAUCACCAUCACCAUCACUACCACGAGCACCAACAACCUCAACAGCAGCAGCAACUACCCCGACCAUCCCCAGCCGACAUCAACGACUUCGACGACCCCCUCCAACAAACAGACCGGACCCCUCUGACGGGCAACAUCGGGGCCUCGUCUUCCUCAUCCCGCGGCGGCAACCAUAACAACGCAACACCCUCAUCAUCCUCGCUCGGCGGCGGCGGGUGGGCGUCCCGGAUCCCCGGCGAGGACCGCCGGGCGCCGACCAACACGAUCGACGAGUCGGUGUGGGAGACGCUGCGGCGCGACCUGCUGGCGGUGUGGGGCAAGAUGCGCGAGGUGCUGUACCCGCGGCACCUGUUCGGCGGGUUGUCGUCGUCGCCCGAGGGCGGCCUCCGGGGCGCCUACGCCAGCCUGCGCGGGGCCGGGUUCGCGGGCGCGAGGGAGGAGCUCGCCGGAUUGGCCGGCCGCGUCAUGGAUCCCGAGGCGCUGCUCGCGGGGGGCGGCAUGUCGCCUGGCCUGAGGGACUGGGACCUGUGGGGCCCGCUGAUCUUCUGCUUGUUGCUGAGUCUGCUGCUGAGCUGGCAGGCCAUGCCGGACCAGAAGGACAUCGUCUUCAGCGGCGUGUUUGCCAUUGUGUGGAUUGGGGAGGCGGCCGUGACGCUGCAGAUCAAGUUGUUGGGAGGGAAUAUAUCCUUCGCCCAAAGCGUCUGCAUCAUUGGAUACACCCUCUUCCCAAUCGUCAUUGCCGCUCUACUCUCGGCGAUGCACCUGCACCCGAUCGCCAGGGUCCCUGUCUAUAUCGUGCUCGUCGCCUGGUCCCUUGCUGCCGGCGUGAGCAUCCUUGGGGGCAGCGGCGUCGUCAAGAACAGGGUCGGCCUGGCCAUUUAUCCGCUCUUUAUCUUCUACAUUGGCCUUGGUUGUUUGUGCUUCAUUAGCUAG